GAGCAGGUAGGAUUCGUACAGUAGGAGCAUUCGUACAGUCCUUAUUCCUACCACUGUAGAAUACUUUGACAGGUCUGUGUUUGUGUGCGUGAGACCCACUCGCACGCAUAGGUUACUCGCGGGGUGAGACGUCAGUGCAGCCGCCGGCUUCGACGCAACGAGUCGUAACGUGAUUUCGCGCCAAAACCAUGCCGCGAAUAUAUAUUAAAAAGGGGACGAGGACGGGAGAGGUAGAUGAAGGUGCAAUAGAAUCGGCGAUAAAAGAAGUUUUGGAUAAGACAUUAUCUAUUAGAAAAUCUGCACAAAAAUAUGGCGUCAAACCAACAACACUCGAAAGUCGUCUGAAAAAGUUUCAUCAACAAGAAGCUGCCGAAAAUAUGCCUACCCGUGCGUUCACUUCCAAGUUUACGUCAAAUCAGGUGUUUUCAACUGAGGAGGAAGCCCUUUUAAACAAUUACAUUAUUGAAUGCUCCAAAAUGCACUACGGUCUGACGAUCAUCCAGGUCAGAAAAUUGGCAUAUGAGUUUGCAAAAGCCAAUCAGCUUAAUUUUCAUCCGAGUUGGCAUCAUAAUAAAAUGGCUGGUAAAGAAUGGUUGGAUAGUUUCCGCAGGCGAAACGGAAACCUGAGUCUUAGAAAGCCUGAAAAUACCAGCGCCGCUAGAUCAUUUGCUUUUAACAAGACUGCUGUAACUGAUUUUUAUAAUAACCUUGAAAAGGUUCUAACAAAGUACAAAUUUACUUCAGAUCGUAUUUUUAAUUUUGAUGAGUCCGGAAUUUCCACAGUGCUGAGCACACCUAAAGUUUUAGCUGAAAAGAAUCAAAAACAAAUAGGCCAACUUGUGUCAGCAGAGAGGGGAGAACUAGUUACAUUUGGAGGAAUAAUUUCAGCUAGUGGUAAUACAAUUCCACCACUAUUUAUCUUCCCGAGGGUUCACUUCAAGGACCACUUUAUGACAGGUGCACCAGAAGGAAGCCUGGGAGUUGCAACAAAAAAUGGAUGGAUUACUUCUGCUAUAUUUAUAGAGGUACUGAAACACAUCCAAAAGAAAUCGUCGUGCUCUAAAGAUAAUCCCAUUUUGUUGCUUGUCGACAACCAUGAGAGCCAUGUGACUAUUGAAGCUGUAAACUAUGCUCGUGAUAAUGGGAUUAUUUAUCUAUCCUUUCCACCCCACACGACACAUCGUCUCCAGCCUUUAGACAUCGGAGUAUUUGGACCGUUUAAGGCUAAACUCAAGAUAGCUUUUAACGAUUGGCACGUGAAUAACCCAGGCAAAACCCUCAAUAUAUAUAAUAUACCACGACUGGCUAAGAUAGCAUAUUUUGAAUCCUUUACUGGUAAAAAUAUCACUCAUGCCUUUGAGAAGGCCGGAAUAUGGCCUUUUAAUAGGUUAGCUUUUCUGGCGACGAUGAUUACAGACAGAGUUUAUUCAACAAAACCUUCCAAGUUGUUCAUCAUCUGUGUCUCCAUCUUUGCUAUCACCUACAACAGUAACAGAUUGCUGCUGUGGGGUUGA